UUUGGAGAGCAGUUAUUCAAAUCCUGCAGCAGUUUCUCUGGAUUCGGGCUGCGAUGUCAUAGCAACAACACCCGGGAGUCAGCUUAACAACAGCUGCAGUAACAGCAGAACCUCCCCGUUACCCGAAAUCGAGCCUGAACCCGAACCACCGAACUCUGGAUCAGAUCCCGGCGGACGGGAGGUCGCGCGACACUCCGCUGAUAAGCGCGCGAGACACUAACGGCUGCUCAGCGCGCGCGCGGGAAUAUUCCUGACUGGAAUUACGCAAAAUGAUAGCCUCCGAAAAGAGAAAGUUUUCGCUUAAUUAUCUGGAUGCCAGUUUAUUAGUCACAUUCCACGGAUGAUUAAUUGAGCGCCAUCAUGAUCGCCACAGGUGGUCUGCUGCGGAUAUCUGCGAGGAGACAAGACUCCCUCCGUGCCAGAAACCAUGCCGAAAACAAGCGCAAGAGGAAAGCAAAGAAAAAAGGAAGAACGAAGUGGUCGGUGGUGAAGGGAAAGCUGAAGUUAUGUUCCAUUCCUGGACUGGUCGCUGCCAUUGGCAUUCUGGUGCUGCUGGUUGGCAUCGCCAUGGCUGUGUUGGGCUACUGGCCCAAAGAGAGUCCACUGUACCCGGGACUGCUGAACACACCAAACGCUCAGAGGUCCUAUGAGAACAGAGAAGCUGAACUAGUCAAUUUGACGGUCAAUAGCAAGUCUUGGCAUCAAAUGGAUAAAGACUUGAGGAGCUUUAAUGGCCCCAAUAGGACCAAUGGAUUGGAUCCGCCUCAGUUAGGAGCAUUCGCUGCAUUUAUUGACAGAUACUUGUAUUCAGACAAGAUGAAAGUCUUUGGACCUUUGAUUAUGGGCAUCGGCAUCUUCCUGUUUAUUUGUGCUAAUGCAGUACUUCACGAAAACAGAGACAAAAAGACCAAAAUCAUUAACCUUAGAGACAUCUACUCAACCGUCAUUGAUGUUCAUAGUUUGCGGAGCAAAGAGCCUUCCCCGCUGAACGGUUUUGUGAACUAUACGCAACCAAAAGAGACCAAAUCUAGCCCUUCAUUUAGCACUGGUACUUUGACCAAGGGUUCUUGGCCAUCUCCGGGCUCGGGUAGAUAUGACCCAAGUAGCCUGAUUCCAUCGCGAAGACCGUCUACAACCACACCACGGUUCCCGUCUAUGGAAAGACAAGCCUUUACAGACACGGUGUACAGUAUUUACCAAGAUCAGAACAGUAUCAGUAUGGCUGAGUUAAAGCAAUGGGAGACCAGAACCAUUGUGUCCACGUCUUUCAAUGCUUUCACCCUUCCAAUGAUGAAACUCAACAAUCGAGGGACGUCCGAAAGAAGGGGGUCGGAUAAAACCGGAGAGGCUAAACAUGAUUAUUUGGACACAGAGGCGAUUUGCAGACGUCUGGAGGAUCUGGUGGCAUAUAGAAGCAUCACAAAAGCCAAAGUGGAGACUGCUCAGACUCAUCCAGAUCUUCCACAGGACUCGGUGGAGGUUUACAAGAGUAGCGGCAGUUUGCAGGGUGCCCCUCGCAUUUCUUUGCAGGGUUCCCAGGUGCAGCUUCUACCGCUGUCUUCGCCAUGCCGCAAGGCGACAGGAUCGCACCUGUCCUUGAGUGCUCUCUCGGACUACUCCAGGUCCAUUGAUCUGGGAAUCUGUUCUUCCACGCCUGCGGAGUGGCAGGUGGUGCGAUCGAGAUGCCCCAGUUGCCCUCGACUGGAAGGGCUCAGCAGUGGAGGCUACACCAAACUUGAGGGUCUAGGCAGCGAGUCUUUCGAGUCCACAGACAAUGCAAUGUUUAGUCGCGAGAACUCGGUUGAGAUUCUAGAAAAAGACCAAGAGCUCCACGAUCAAACUGACCGAGACGAGAACACCUCUGAUAGUCCAGAGAGUGCCGUGGUCAGGCAAUAUUCAAAGAAACAAAAACUUAUUAUGAUUUCCCAAUCAGACACGACUUUAGAGGAUGUGGAAAUGGAUAGUGUAGAUGUUUAACUAGAAUUCUGUAGAUUUCUUCAAUACACUUGACUUGGCUGAUAAUCCUGUUAUGAAACUAAGAAUGGUUUCAAUGGUUUUACUUGCAAAGUUGGUCUUUAGAACGCAAUCAGAAGUUGCAUUGAGAGCAAAAGUCAUCUUAUGCACUGUUAGUAUGUUAGACCAGGUGGCUGUUUGGAAAAAUCAGUCUUUAAUACUGGUUCCUAAAGGAGUUUCUGAGCAAAAACCAUGAGGAAAGGAACAGGCUCUGAUUCUAAGCAUGAUAGCACAGCUAUGCUUCACUAGACUUAUACUUCCAGUAGUAGAAUAUUUGUGGCUGUUUCUUGAGUUUAUCGGUGAUGUUCGGCUGUCUGAGCAGCAUGUUUUUUACUGUCGUCUACUUGCACUUUCUUAAUCACCAAAUAACUGAUUCUUCAUAAAAAUGAAUACAUAGCAAUAUCAAUAUUUGAUUUGAAAGGUUGGCUGCUUGAAAUGUUUGCAUUUUGCCCCCGAAAUGUUAGCUUACACAUGUAUGCUGUCAGUUGUUUCUUAUUUUAAGCUUUUUCUAGGAUCCGCCUUGUUUGGAAUUGUAAUGUUUUCCAGAUCCAUGCAUUAGCACAAUGGUUGACAGUUCAGUAUUGUCUCAAAUAAAAUGUCUAU